UUAUGUUUCUCUUUUAAAACGGUUUUUAACAAUUUUAACAAUAUGAAUAAUCAACGUUUUUUGUAAUGUUUGGAAAUAAUUUUAAUUAAAAUCAAAAUGGCCCAGUCUAAACAAAGUCCGCAGGAAUUCAUUAAAAAUGCAUUCACACCUCAAAUAGCAGUGAUAUCAACAAAACUCGUUGAACAAAGCUGUAGGAAGAAUAAUUUGAGUUUUAUUGAUUUGCUUCAACCCUUUACAAAACUUACUAGCGAUGUACACUACAAAGACCCUACAGGUUCUAAUGUCACCAUUCACAAUAUCAAACUUACAUUCUUGGAUGUUAAUACUAGACCCCCACAACCCACAUUAGCUAGAAAAUUUCUGAAUGCAUCAGUUAGUGAAGCUCCAGAUGUACAUAAUAAACUAUUCGUGAUUGGUAAAUACAAAUUGGACAUACCGUCAUCAACACCUUGGUAUGAAGCAUGGAGGGACAUGUUUUUAAAAGUGCAAUAUCCUUCUGAUCAUGAAUAUACAAAGCACUUCCUUGCCUGUGUGCUAGUUGUCUCAGCUAAUGACAAUAAUCCUGUUGAAACCUUCAAUCAGCUGAACCAGGAAUUGAAUAAGAUGCAGAACAGUGCACCAGGGAAGUUGCCAAAGUGGUUUAGUGCAAAUGUUUUAAAGUAUUAUGUCAUAUUAGAAGAUGUGAAAGAAAGCAACCCAACAGUUGCUGCCGAGGCUUAUAAUGAUAUAAGAAAUGCGCAUGGGGCCGCAAAUUGCUUCCUUCUUAAAAUGAAUUCAAGACCACCAGGACCUAGCCAGGACCAUUUUCCAAAUCCAUGGAGUCAAUUUAUCACUAAUCGAAUCGAUACCAACCAGAAACCCGACAAUUCACCAAAUUCAGCAAGAUUAAAUUUAGAAGUGGGACAAGAAGCCAACGAAAUUAAAAGUACAGUCGAUUAUCACCCACUUAGUCCUGAUAAUGAGGAUAUUUCGAUGAACGGAUCUAUUAAUGAAAUGAAAGAGAAAACGGAAAUUAACGUUGCCCCCGGAGGCCACGGAAACUGCAUAUCUAACGAUGAUGUCGAACAGAUAAAAAUGAUGAUUUAUGAAUUCACUAAAAAUUGCCUGCUUCCAUACGUGUCCAGUCAGAUGUUGCAAUUGAAUGAUGUAAUAUCCAAUAAAAAGGGAAUGAGUAAAUCCUUGUUUAGUGCCACAAAAAGAUGGUUCAGUACCAAUAAACCUGGAACUGGGACUAUCACAGUAAAUAAUUUAAUUUAUGCAACGGAUGCUUCCGAAUUACAAGUUAGAAGAUUGGGUGAUUUAUAUUUUAUGUUUGGGAAUUAUUCUGCAGCCUUCCAGGCUUAUCAUCUGGCGAAAAGGGACUACCACACGGAUCAAGCCUGGCUUUAUUUUGCUGGUGCUCUUGAAAUGGCUGCCCUUGCAGCUUUUAUGUCUGGGGAUUCGAACAGGAAAACUUUGGAUUAUAUGGAAGAAAGCAUUAAUACCUACCUUACAACGUGCAAGAUGCCACAGUUCGCAACCAGAGCGACAAUAUUAAGUUCGGAGUGCCUGAAAGCGAAGAACAUGUACGGUGACGCUGCCUUACAUUUGAUCAGAAUGACAAGCGAAGAGUCAGAUUUGCGGUCUGCAUUACUACUGGAGCAGGCUGCUUAUUGUUUUCUACAGUCGAAAAUGCCUAGGAAAUAUGCGUUUCACAUGGUGCUUGCCGGUCAUAGAUUUUCGAAGGCCGCACAAAGGAAACAUUCCCUCAGAUGUUACAAACAAGCUUUUAGAAUAUAUGAGAAUACAGGUUGGGAUUUAGCCAGCGAUCACAUUCAUUACACCAUAGGUAGGCAGGCAAACAAUUUGCAACAAUAUACAGAGGCCGUUGAGUCGUUGUCCAAUUUGUUGACGGAAAGCAGUAAACAGACAGCCCAACAACAAGCUACGUUUUUAAAGGAAUACCUCACUAUUUUAGGCAAUAAACUAAACAAUGAGAGUAUCAGUGAUGUACCUGAGUUACCAGUUCCCCUGUUAGAAAACACGUCAUUAAAAGUUCUAGUUGGUCCGACGAGACCUCUGACCACCCCCGGAAAAACGCCUGCUUUAGGAAUAAACUUUAAUACCGUUGAAGAUGCACAAUCGGAAUCGAAGUGGACGAGAUUAGAAGAGAUGCUUCUGACUGAAGCAGAGGGCAGCCCACCAAUGGUAUUCAAACCUAUAAUUACGUUGUAUUCAAUUAGUAAAUUACAGAAACAUGUUCCCAUCGCAAUUGUAAACGAGCCUAUUCAAAUUCAGCUGACUUUGAGUAACGUUUUACAAACAGUAUUAAAUUUAAAAGAUAUUUAUCUGAUUUGGAAAUAUGAAAACGAUACCGAUACCGUAAGCAAUGAAGAUGACAGUGCUAAAUCAGAUGCGUUUGUUAAAACACACACGAAUAAAAAUAUUAUUAUCGAGGGAAAUCAAAAAUCUGAUAUUAUAUUAUCAUUAACUCCGUUGUCUAUAGGAAAAAUAACUAUAUUGGGCAUAUGUUAUACGAUUACAACAACUGACACAAUUUUUAUUAAAGGAAAACAACUCUUUGAUUUACCUAAACUGCCAUUAAAAAAACCCACUGAUAAAACUACUACUAAUAGUCAAUUAGUCAUUAAUAUUGUACCGCCAGCACCAUGCUUACAGGUAACAUUUUCAGAAAUUAGUAUGGACUUUCUCACAAAUGAAAUGCAAAGAGUUUCUGUUGAUUUCAAAAACACUGGUUCCGUACCAUUAACUAAUAUAAUGAUAGCUACUUCGACUCCAAACUUAUUGAGCAGUUGCGAAUUCAAAGAUCCUGAAUAUUAUCCUGGAAGUGACGUAAUGUCGAGAGAAAAGUGGGCAAGAAAAAAUCAUAUCACUUCGGUGCCUCUGCCGGGCGAUCGAUUGGAACCUGGCAAUUUUGUCACUGUGUACAUGUGGGUCAAAGCUCCAGACACGAAAGGGCCCAAAUCUGUUGAUAUAUUAAUUUAUUAUGAGAACAUUGAAGCUAAAGCUGUACCAAAAUAUAGAUUAGUUAGACACAGUUGGAAUUUAACAGUACAAGAGUCAAUAUCUGUAGAUGUGUCACUUCAAGAAAGUCACAAUGCAACCAAAGUGGAAGAACUGGUAAUGGCAAUUAAAGCAACAAAUUUAAAUAAAGUUCAUAGCUCAAUAUCAACUGAAAUCACCUUAUUAAAUGUUGGAGUACUUAGUAAAUAUUGGAAGCUUUCUAAAAAUAUUAUUACCCCUAAAUAUAUAAAUUUAAAUACACAGGAGUCUGCCCACAUAUUACUUAAAUCAAGGAGGGUGGAACAAAACAAAUCUGUAUUCUCUCUCAUAUCAUUAUUUAACAGUGAUAGAAAACACAUACAACAUCUAAAUGUGGCUUGCCUUUCAUUUGCUGUAAAAGCUGAGCAAUAUUAUUAUAAUAUUUUAAGUGAUCAAGGGAACAGUGAUAAAGACAUUUUUAAAGAGGGUCUACUGUUUUUACAAUGGCAAGCUUCAGUUACUGACGCCAACAGUAAAAAAAUUGUUUAUGGUCAAAAUCUUUUGCCGUUAGAAGUUAAUAGAUACAAUUCCAAUCAAAUAACAAAGGAAGUUGAUGCUGUGGUUGUCAAUAUCAACGAUAAAGGCACCGAGAAAUCAGAGCAAUAUGAAAAAAUGCUGCAGAAACAAGUGGUGUACAAUUUACAAUAUAAAUCUAAUAUUACUCAUGAUUUUAAUAAAAACAAACUGUGCAUUAUACCCGUUGAAUUGAUAUUGCAUAGUGUGACUGAAGAUGAAGUGGAUGUUACAAUAAACACUGUUGAUGCCUGCAUAAAAAUAAAUUACAGUUAUGCAACGAUUGCUUAUCCGUUGGCGUCGACCCAAGUUAGAUGGUUGGGUAAAGGAAAAAUCAUUAAAAGACUAAAACCAUUAUCGACUAAUUGCGUAACAUUAAAUUUAGUGGUGUCUAGUCCAGGAACAUUUAAUUUGGGUGCACGUAUUGAAGUAUUUUGUAAUAAAAUUAAUGAGCGACCAAUCCUUCAAUCUAGUGAGCUUCAGUCGUCUUUGAUUGUGAAGCCUGCUGUAACAAGCUAGCUUUUAGUAAAAUAUCAUUUAUGUACAUUUUUGUAUUAUCAUGUGUUUAUUUGUUAUUAAUAUGUAUAAAUAUAUAUAUUUACAAUCAUAAAAAUACUGAAAAUAAUGUCUAAUUAAAUUAUUGUUUAUA